GGCAGCAGGUAUUUCAGCAAUAGGAUCCCUGGCCGUGUAGUGACGUCAGGAACGGCGGCCAUUUUCCCCUGGUCUGAGCUCCGCCUUCCUCCUAUCAUUCCCACAAGGCAGCACUUGAUUCUAGCAUCUACCAAGGCAGCAGGAGCAGAGAGCAGCCAUUGCUGUGUCUGGCAGCAGAGGUGUGAAGAAGACAUCAGGAGGACGGAGCAGGUCCCAGAGCCCCAUCACUUGCCUCCACCUCACUCACUGAUACAUUAGAGACACAGUGACCAGAAGAUCCAGGAACUCACCAACAAGAUUAUUCAGCUUCUGACUGGAGAGGAGGGGGAGUAUAUAGAGGAACACAGGUUUCUGUACAAGGACGUGAUGAUGGAGAAUCACCGGCCCCUCACAUCACUGGAUGGGCCCAGUAACAGAGAUACCCCAGAGAGAUGUACCCGUCCUCUGUAUUCCCAGGAUUGUACAGAGGAGAAUCACAGGAUGCCACAGGAGGAUCAGGAUGAAUGUCUCACUGACAUUAAGAUAGAAGAUACAGCGGGAGAAGAAGAGACGUAUGUGACUGAUAUAAAGGCAGAAGAUAUAGAGGGAGAAGAAGAGACGUAUGUGACUGAUAUAAAGGCAGAAGAUAUAGAGGGAGAAGAAGAGGCGUAUGUGACUGAUAUAAAGGCAGAAGAUAUAGAGGGAGAAGAAGAGACGUAUGUGACUGAUAUGAAGACAGAAGAUAUAGAGGAAGAAGAAGAGACGUAUGUGACUGAUAUAAAGGCAGAAGAUAUAGAGGGAGAAGAGACGUAUGUGACAGAUAUAAAGGCAGAAGAUAUAGAGGGAGAAGAAGAGACGUAUGUGACUGAUAUAAAGGCAGAAGAUAUAGAGGGAGAAGAAGAGACAUAUGUGAGGGGUGAUCAGCAGUGUAAGGAGGAGAAGAUCCCUACAGAUAUCAGCACAGCAGAUGGACACACAAGUAGGAAUAUUUCAGAAGGACAUCUAAUGUUAUCCCCGGAUUGUGACAUAAAAGAUAAUGACAGAAUACAGGAUUCUCCAGGAGAUAACCCCAUUACCCCAAUUAUACAUCCAGCUCUUUCAGCUGAUCCCUCUGACCCUGGGAAAUGUUCUCCUGAUCACUCUGAUAUUGGGGCAUCUGUUACAGCUCUGACAGUAGAUACAGUGUUUCCCUGUUCUAUAGAUGCCAAAAGUUUUACACAGAACACAAAGCCUAUUAACCCACACACAGGUAAGGCAGGUGAGAGGCCACUGACAUGUACUGAGUGUGGGAAAUGUUUUACAUACAAAUCAGAUCUUGUUAUACAUCAGAGAAGGCACACAGGUGAGAGGCCAUUUCCAUGUACUGAGUGUGGGAAAUGUUUUGCAAAGAAAUCACUUCUUGUAAUACAUAAGAGAGUACAUACAGGUGAGAAACCAUAUUCCUGUUUUGAGUGUGGGAUAUGUUUUACAUACAAAACAACUCUUGAUGCACAUAAGAGAUGUCACACAGGUACAUCACCAUUUCCAUGUUCUGAGUGUGGGAAAUGUUUUGCACGGAAAUCACAACUUGUUAUACAUCAGAGACAUCACACAGGUGAGAAUCUAUUUCCUUGCUCUGAGUGUGGGAAAUGUUUUACACGGAAAUCAGAUCUUAUAAAACACGAGAGAAGUCACACAGGUGAGAAGCCAUUUCCAUGUUCUGAGUGUGGGAAAUGUUUUGCACACAAAUCAGAUCUUGUUAUACAUCAGAGAAGUCACACAGGAGAGAAGCCAUUUUCUUGCUCUGAAUGUGGGAAAAGUUUUACCCAGUAUUCUCAACUUGUUAGACAUCAGAGAAUUCACACAGGUGAGAAGCCAUUUCCAUGUUCAGAGUGUGGGAAAUGUUUUGCACACAAAUCAGGUCUUGUUACACAUCAGAAAAGUCACACAGGUGAGAAGCCAUUUCCAUGUUCUGAGUGUGGGAAAUAUUUUGCACACAAAUCAGGUCUUGUUACACAUCAGAGAAGUCACACAGGUGAGAAGCCAUUUCCGUGUUCUGAGUGUGGGAAAUAUUUUGCACACAAAUCAGAUCUUGUUAUACAUCAGAGAAGUCACACAGGUGAGAGGCCAUUUUAUUGCUCUGAGUGUGGGAAAUGUUUUACCCAGAAAUCACAACUUAUUACACAUCAGAGAGGUCACACAGGUGAGAAUCCAUUUUAUUGCUCUGAGUGUGGGAAAUGUUUUACCCAGAAAUCACAACUUAUUACACAUCAGAGAAGUCACACAGGUGAGAAGCCAUUUUCUUGCUCUGAGUGUGGGAAAUGUUUUACCCAGAAAUCACAACUUAUUACACAUCAGAGAACUCACACAGGUGAGAAACCGUUUCCAUUUUCUGAGUGUGGAAAAUGUUCUGCACACAAAUCAGAUCUUAUUAAACAUCAGGGAAGUCACACUGGUGAGAAGCCAUUUUCUUGCUCUGAGUGUGGGAAAUUUUGUUUAAGUAAAUCACACCUUGUUAUACAUGAGAGAAGUCACACAGGUGAAAAGCCAUUUUCUUGCUGUGAGUGUGGGAAAUGUUUUACACAAAAAUCACACCUUGUUAUACAUGAGAGAAGUCACACAGGUGAAAAGCCAUUUUCUUGCUCUGAGUGUGGGAAAUGUUUUACACAAAAAUCACACCUUGUUAUACAUGAGAGAAGUCACACAGGUGAAAAGCCAUUUUCUUGCACUGAGUGCGGGAAAUGUUUUACACAGAAAUCACAACUAUUUACACAUCAGCGAUGUCACACAGGUGAGAAGCCAUUUCCAUGUUCUAAGUGUGGGAAAUGUUUUUCACACAAAUCAGGUCUUGUUACACAUCAGAGAACUCACACUGGUGAGAAACCGUUUCUAUACUCUGAGAAAUAAAUCACUCUUGUUGCACAUAAUAGUCAUCAGGUGAGGAAACAUUUUAUUCUUCUAGAGUAUACUGAUCAUUGCCAUGAAAUGUUUUUGAAGGUUCUUAUGCUAUCUCCCAUGCUUUUUGCAAUAUACAUGCUACCGCAGGGUGAAACAAAGAGAUGUCAUGUCCUUGUCUACCACUGCUAUGCAGAUGACCUGUCUUUUGCUCCGGGUACUAAGAACCCAGUACCUAUCCUAAAUGGUUGUCUAGCUGAGCUCCAGGUGUAGGUGAUGCCAGUUGGCUGUGACUCAGACCUGGUGAAUCGUCCUUAUGAUAGAAGCUCACCAACAAAGGGCAGGGCUACAGCUCAGCUUUGCAAACCAACCAGACUUGCGCUUGGGGGUUCAGAGUUACAAAAUGCUGAUCCUGUGCGUAAUCUUGGUGUCCUGGAUGGUGAAGUGACACUUAGACAUCGGUAUCUGCCACAAUCAGAUCCUCAUCUGAGGAACAUAGCCAGACUGCAGCACUUUUUUUCCCUCAGAAGAUCUACCUACAGUCAUACAUGCACUUGUAUCAUCACGCAUGGACUACUGCAAUGUCCUCUACCUGGGUCUCCCAGCAAUAGAAUUAAACUGCUUACAGCUUGUACAGAAUGCAGCAGCCAGGCUGUUACCUAACCAGUUGUUCCUGCCACAUAACACCCAUUCACUGCUCCCUGGCAGUAGUG